AUGGCCCACGAGAACGAUAUCGUUAUCUCCGGCUUUUCCGCCUACUUCCCCCAAGCGGAUCACCUGGUCGAGUUCAAGGAGAAGCUGUACUCGGGCGUCGACAUGAUCACAGUGGACGACUUGCGCUGGACCCCUGGGCACAUGGGCUUGCCUGGACGCCACGGGAAGAUCCGAGAUCUGUCCCGCUUUGACGCGCAGUUCUUCCACAGAAACCCAAAGCAGGCCCACGUGAUGGACCCACAGCUGCGAAUGCUCUUGGAGACAUCGUAUGAGGCGAUCGUGGAUGCCGGCUACGACCCCGAUACCCUGCGCAAACGCAAUAUAGGUGUCUUCAUUGCAAAUUCGAACUCAGAGUCAUACUACGCCUUCCGCAAGGACGAGAAGGUGGACAGCAACUACCUGCUCGGAUGCGCCAGAUCAAUGUUCUCCAACAGGGUCUCGUGCUCGCUCGACGUGCAAGGGCCGAGCAUGACGAUCGACACUGCGUGCUCCUCAACGUUGGUGGCCCUGAACGAGGCUGUGCUCGCGCUUCGCUCAGGCCGCUGCGAGGCGGCUAUCGUAGGAGCCGGGAACCUCAACCUCGAUCCGUGCGUAGCGCUGAACUUCAAGCAGAUGGGCGUACUCUCGGAGGACGGAAAAUGCAAGUCUUUUGACUCAAAUGGCGAUGGCUACGUUCGAAGUGAAGUUAUUGGCUGCAUGUUCCUCCAAAGGUUUUCCGACGCCCGUCGUGUGUACACCAAAGUCGUCAACGUAAAUGUUAAUACAGAUGGUUACAAGCUCGAAGGCAUGCCCUUCCCAUCGGCCAUAGUACACGAGCAGCUUCUCCGUGCCACAUACGCUGAAGCCAACGUGGAUCCGCAAAAAGUAGUGUACGUCGAAGCCCAUGGUACGGGAACAAAGGUUGGUGGGCCUCAAGAGUUGGAAGCGAUCAGCAAUGCCCUCUGUCCACCGGAAAGAGAAAAGCCCCUGAAAGUCGGAUCUGUCAAGAGUAAUAUGGGACAUGCCGAGAGUGCUUGUGCUGAGCCGAUUCUGCGACGAGCUGUGGGCCCUGAAGCCAGCUGCCUGGGCCUUAUGAAACGCCACACGGACAACCUGGAGUAUUUUUUAGGCUCGCUGGGCAAACUUCACACUCUUGGUGUCCAGAUGGACUUGUCGGUGCUGUACCCUCCGGUUCCAUGGCCAGUGCCACGCGGCACUCCCAACAUUGCACAUUUGGUGAGCUGGGACCACUCGCAGAGCUGGACUGUGGCCCAAUGGAAAGACUUCUCUAGCGCCACACAGGCCUAUGAGGAGAUCAUUGAGAUUGACCUCGAAGCGGACAGCGCUCAGAAGUACCUUCUAGGUCACCAGCCUGAUGGCCGUGUGAUCUUUCCUGGCGCUGGCUACAUGCUACUCGUAUGGAAGUCCCUCGCGAAGCGCUUAGGGAAACCGUUCAAUGAGGUUCCUGUCAUCUUCGAGCACCUGAAAAUUCACCGCGUCACGAUCCUUCCACCAUCUGGCCCUCUGAGAAUCAUGGUCACUAUGAUGCCCAUGUCUGGGGAGUUCGAAGCUUGCGAGUCGAGAACUGUGGUGGCCAAAGGACGCAUCCGCGCGGCCAAGGAGGGCGAGGCGGUGCUCCUCAAGGAACCUCCGGGAACAUCAGGAGUGGUCGCCGCUUACGACAUGGACACUGCCGACAUCUACAAAGAACUCAGUCUCCGCGGCUACAAGUUUUACGGAGCAUUCCAGGGUGCCCUGGGAGCUUGCUCAGAAAAACACUGCGCCAAGCUCAAGUGGGAGAACAAUUGGGUGACAUUCCUGGAUGCACUGGUGCAUGUUACUUUCAUCUGGAAAUCACAUAGGACGUUUGACUUGCCUGUCAGUGUGCAGUCGUGCCGCAUCGACCCUAGCGUUCAGGCAGUAAUCACGGAGGCUGUUGGAGAGAGCGGAGUGGACGCCGUCUAUUGCCCAUAUCUCAAUAUGAGCCGAGCAGGGGGCGUCGAAAUAGAGGGCCUGAAAUUUAGCACCGUUCCGCGACGCCCCGUUCAGCAGGAUCCCAUCCUGGAAGAGUCACCGCUUCGUCCAUACCUGGACAACGACGUUGCAAGGCGUGAAAGGGAGCACAUCGUGCGAGAAUACGCAGAUGCGUGUUGUGACAUCAUGCUACGCGUUCUUCAAGCUUGUGAUGAAAGCAGUAGUUUUUCCAAAAUGGAGGAUGAAUGUCGCAAACUCCCAGAAGAAAUCAUGAAUCGGUAUGCUGCGAGUAUUGCAUCAAACCAUGGCUUGUUACAACUACUGUUAACAGUGCACAAACAAGUCAACGGCACUGCGUCACUGGCUUCCACCAUUAAGUCAGCAAUAUUGACCAACAGAAAACAUUUGGAGGAGGACUUACUCAACACAAGCCUUCUGGAAGAAGAUCCGCUGAGAUACCUGCUUGACAUCGUGCUUGAAAAUACAAGCUUCACAAAACUCAGCGUGCUAGAGGUGGCGGUCGACGGAAACAUAACGCUCAUGGCCCCAUGGGCAUGCGCUUUGCUGUCCUUGUACGAUGGGCAGCUCAAGACAGUAUACUCUAUCACCCACCCAAGUCCAGGGAGCCUCUCUCCGGACCAACUCCCCAAAGGGGCACUUGUACUUCCGCAGGAUCUUUCUCUCUCAGGAGAAAAGCUGCCAGCGGCUGACUUGGUAUUAGCUUCCCUCGGCAUUAUGACUAGUGUUUCUGACCUGUUUGCUUUGGCUAAUGAAAUGUGCUCGCAGUGCAAGGAAGGUGGUUUCGUUCUCAUUUCCCAUCGGAUAGCAUUGACAGCGGCCGAGGCCUUACUCUCGAAAUUCAGUGAAGUUCCUUUUCACGUUUAUUCUGAAGAGGCAACAAGAACAGCGUUCAGAGCUUGCGGAUUUCGGCUAGUGGGACUGAAGUCGAACAACCUCUCCGCACUGCUAUUGUUCAAAAAGGCGACAUUACCCAUAAAUGUCACCAGCCAGGCGGUUAUCAAGGUACAGAACAGCAAUUUUAAGUGGGUUGAGGCACUGAAGGAGAAGGUCGCUGAAUGUGUCGGAAAGCCAGCGAGAGCGAACAUCUGGCUGCUCGCUGAAGACGCCGGCACCAGUGGCAUCCUGGGAUUAACAAACUGUCUUCUACGGGAGAUUGGCGGACGUCUCAUAAGGUGUGUAUUCGACGCCGAUGUGGAAGGUGGCAACAAUGUAGCCGACUUUAGCCCCGCCAACCCUGCGUACAAGGAUAUCAUAGAAAACGACCUUGUGAUGAACGUAUACCGCGACAGACAAUGGGGAUCUUUCCGGCACCGCAACAUCGAUUGGUGUGGAGAGGCAAAGACCGCCACGCAAUGCGCCUACCUACACUUCAAGACACGCGGGGACCUAUCCAGCCUACAGUGGUACGAGUCCCCACUUGGCUACAGGUCCCCAACUGACAAAACCUCCAGUGGGGAAGUCAUAUGCGACGUGUACUAUGCCUCUGUAAACUUCCACGACGCCAUGAUUGCCACUGGUAAACUACCUGCGUUAUUUUAUUCUUUGGCCACUUUCUGCACAUUCCUGGGUACGGAGUUUUCUGGACGGGACCAAAACGGACGACGUAUCAUGGGUGUGCUCGGUGGCAAGUGCAUCGCAACCAUGGUGACUGCUGACCCACUCGCGAUGUGGGAAAUCCCGGAUUCGUGGACCAUGGAAGAGGCUGCCACGGUUCCAGUUGCCUAUUCGACCGCCUACUACGCGCUUCUUGUACGGGGUGACAUGCAACCAAGAGAGUCAAUACUAGUGCACUCGGGAAGCGGAGGCGUCGGGCAAGCCGCCAUAUCCAUAGCCCUGUCCAUGGGCUGCACCGUCUUCACCACCGUCGGUUCUGAAAAAAAGCGGAAUUUUCUAAAGCACCGCUUUCCACAACUGGAGGACAGGCAUUUUGCAAACUCACGUGACCGGUCAUUCGAAGAACACGUCAAGCUAGAGACGCGCGGCAGAGGUGUGGACUUGGUGCUGAAUUCGCUGUCCGAGGACAAGCUGCAGGCCAGUGUGCGCUGCUUGGCUCCGCAUGGCCGUUUUCUGGAGAUUGGCAAGUUUGACCUGUUCGAGGACAACAAUCUGGGCAUGUCGGUGUUUCUCCAGAACGUCAACAGACGACCCGGCAACGCCAGUAACAGGCGUCGUACUGUUGAGCUCGUUCGCGAGGGAAUCGCAUCUGGUGUGGUGCGUCCACUGGACGUGAUCAAAUUCACCCUAGACCAGGCUGAGCAGGCCUUCCGCUUCGUUGCCUCUGGAAAACAUAUAGGAAAGGUUAUCAUUCAGAUAAGACCGGAAGAGACCCAGCUCGGUUAUACAAAGACUCCACCGCUGACAUUAGAGGCCGUGGCGCGUCCAUGCUUCUACGGGCACAAGUCUUACAUCAUUGUUGGUGGCCUGGGGGGUUUUGGCCUCGAGCUGGCUGAGUGGAUGAUCUCUCGCGGCUGCCGCAAGCUCCUUCUUGUCUCAAGGACUGGAGUGCGGACUGGUUACCAGCGACUUUGUCUUCACCGUUGGAACAGUCUUGGUGCGGAAGUGAUAGUGAGCAACGAGGACGUCUCCAGGGAGGAAGGUGCCCAGAAAGUACUCAACAACGCAGCGACCAUGGGACCUGUAGGCGGCGUUUUUAACUUGGCCAUGGUGCUUCACGAUGCCCUCAUUGAGAACCAGACGGCGGAGACGUACGAAGAAGUGUGUAAGCCUAAAGUGCUCGUCACCCAGCGCCUCGACGAAGUGUCGCGGGAACGAUGCCCCUGCUUGGACCACUUUGUCGUCUUCUCUUCUAUCGCUUCUGGCCGAGGCAACGCCGGUCAGACAAACUACGCUUACGCAAACUCUGUCAUGGAGCGUGUGUGUGAGCGUCGUGUCGAAGACGGACUCCCCGGAUUGGCCAUCCAGUGGGGUGCAAUUGGUGACGUUGGUGUACUGCACGAUAACAUGGGUGCAGACACAACAGUAGCUGGAAUUGAGCAGCAGUCAAUAAGGUCCUGCAUGGCGGUGAUGGACCACUUCUCAGCCAAAAGCCAUCCCGUUGUCUCGUCCUUCGUCAAGAGCAGCUUGUCUCGGACGGCAGACAGCAAGGAUAAAGGCAAUCUCGUUCAAAAUGUGGCACACAUCCUCGGCAUUAAAGACUCAACUGCGCUCAAUCCGGGCAUCACCCUUGGCGAGUUGGGCAUCGACUCGCUUAUGACUGUUGAAGUACGACAGCUGUCGGAGCGAGACUACGACGUUGCCCUGUCGAUGCAAGAGAUACGGCUGCUAAGUGUGGCCCAACUAAGAGAGAUCAGUGAAGCCUGCACCGACCAAAAAGUUAUACCAGAAAACUCCGACGCAGUUGAAGCAAACCACGAUAUUGCCAGCAACGGGGAUGAAGCAAUGGCUCCAUGA